AUGAUAAAGUUAACCUUCCUGCUCGUUAUCGGCGUUAUCACCGGACAGGCGUACGGUGAUGCGCCUGAAGCUAUCGUGGGUGGUUUUAUUGCCACGGAUGGUCAAUUUCCCUAUCAAGCUUCCCUUCAAGUCAUGAAGGAACAUAUUUGCGGGGGUUCUAUUAUCAGCUCGAAACAUAUUCUCACCGCUGCUCAUUGCGUUGAGGAGAAAUGGCAACACCGAUACAUGACUGUCGUAAGCGGAGCCACCAGAUGGGCAGAAGGCAACAAUAACCAAAGGCAUACCAUCAAGUGCAUUCGUUUACACCCAGGUUAUACUGGUGAGAAAAGUAGUGCCUGGAAGGACGAUAUCGCUGUUAUUACUUUGAAUGAGGAGAUUAAAUUUGACAAAUGGCGAAGUCCGAUUCCUCUAGCAUCUCAAGAUUAUACUACAGGUACCUAUAAAGGUAUAGUUAGCGGAUGGGGACAGACCAGCGUAACCUCAGACUCUUCGCCUGUACUUAAAUGGCUCGCAGUGGACGUUUUGAGCAAGGUAGAGUGUUUGAAGGCGCACAGAAAUCCGCAGACCAACAAGCAACAAGUGUGCAGCAUAUACAUGAAAAAUCACGGUGCCUGUUCUGGUGACAGCGGCGGUCCUCUCGUGGUCAAUAAGGAGCUUUGUGGCAUUGUUUCUUGGGUUGCACUCUGCGCUUUGGGUAUACCUGACGUUUACACUAAUGUCUACGACUAUCUGGACUUUAUCAAGGACUCUCAAAAGGCGUGCGGUGAUGCACCAGAAGCUAUCGUGGGUGGUAACUUCGCAAAGGAGGGUCAAUUUAAACAUCAAAUCUCUAUUCAAGUGAAUAAGGAACAUAUUUGCGGCGGUACCAUUAUCAGCCCGACUCAUAUUGUCACCGCUGCUCAUUGCGUUGAUAAUCCUAAAUAUAGGAAAGGCAUGACUAUUGUAACCGGAACUAUUAAGUGGGCAACAGGACAAACGCAUAAUAUCAAGUGCAUUCGUAUGCACCCAGGCUACACUGGUAAGAAGGAAGAUGCCUGGAAGAACGAUAUUGCCGUUAUUACUUUGACACAGCCGAUUACUUUUAACAACGUUCAAGGCUCGAUUCCUUUAGCGUCUCGAGAUUACACCGUUGGCAGCAAUCGCGGUAUAACUAGUGGAUGGGGAAAGACCAGCGUAGACUCAAAAACUUCGCCGGCACUUAAAUGGCUCGGAGUAAACAUUUUGAGCGAGAAAGACUGCUUGAAAGCUCACAAAAAUCCACAGACCAUUAAGACUCAAAUAUGCACCUUGGAGAAGAAAGGACAAGGUGCCUGUUCAGGUGACAGCGGCGGUCCUCUCAUAUUCAACGGCGAGCUCUGUGGUGUCACUUCUUGGGUAGCGCUCUGUGCUUUGGGUGUACCUGACGUAUUCACUCAUGUCUACCACUAUACGGACUUCAUCAAGGAAUGUCAAAAGAUGUGCUGA